UUUUGCAAAACGAAUGUGAAUGCAUAUCGUGAUGUGGCAGCUUCUCUUUUAGUUAAACCGCGAUAGCUGAUGAAGUUCUAUGUAUUGGUGUCGCGGACACGUGUACAUUUAAAUGAAAUUUAUUUAAUUUAAUUAAUGGUUUUGAGAAAUUAACUACUGAACUAUACUUUUUUGAGUUGUUUGAAACAAAUAGUCGCCUACCGCUUUACUUUCUUAAACGAUGGCAAUUAAAUUUUUGGAAGUCAUAAAGCCCUUUUGUGGUAUAUUACCAGAAGUUGCCAAACCUGAAAGAAAAAUUCAAUUUCGAGAGAAAGUACUAUGGACAGCUAUAACAUUAUUCAUUUUCCUUGUUUGUUGCCAAAUUCCUUUGUUCGGAAUCAUGUCAUCCGACUCUGCAGAUCCCUUCUACUGGAUGAGAGUAAUUCUAGCUUCAAACAGAGGUACCUUGAUGGAGUUGGGUAUUUCUCCUAUUGUCACAUCUGGCCUCAUCAUGCAGCUUUUGGCUGGUGCAAAAAUCAUCGAAGUUGGUGACACUCCUAAAGAUCGUGCUUUAUUUAAUGGAGCCCAGAAAUUGUUUGGUAUGGUCAUUACAAUUGGACAAGCUAUUGUUUAUGUCAUGACUGGCAUGUAUGGAGAUCCUGCUGAUAUUGGAGCUGGUGUUUGCAUCCUCAUCAUCAUACAAUUGUUUGUUGCUGGUUUGAUUGUGUUACUUCUUGAUGAAUUGCUACAAAAAGGUUAUGGAUUGGGAUCUGGUAUCUCACUGUUCAUUGCUACAAAUAUUUGUGAAACAAUUGUUUGGAAAGCAUUUAGUCCUGCCACUGUCAAUACAGGAAGAGGUACUGAAUUUGAAGGUGCUAUUAUUGCCUUAUUCCAUCUUCUUGCAACCAGAACUGACAAGGUCCGAGCUCUGAGAGAAGCCUUUUAUCGUCAAAACCUACCAAAUCUAAUGAAUCUACUUGCUACUGUUCUUGUAUUUGCCAUAGUCAUAUAUUUCCAGGGAUUUAGAGUCGACCUUCCCAUAAAGUCAGCCCGUUAUCGUGGACAAUAUAGUUCCUAUCCUAUCAAAUUAUUUUACACUUCAAACAUUCCUAUUAUUCUACAAUCUGCACUUGUCUCAAAUCUUUACGUUAUUUCUCAGAUGCUUGCUGUUAAAUUCAGUGGAAAUUUCUUAGUAAACUUACUUGGUGUUUGGGCAGAUGUUGGAGGUGCGGGACCAGCUAGAGCUUAUCCCAUAGGAGGUCUUUGCUACUACCUGUCUCCCCCUGAGAAUUUGGCGCAUAUUUUCGAAGAUCCUAUUCAUGCUGUACUCUACAUUGUAUUUAUGUUGGGUUCAUGUGCUUUCUUCUCCAAAACAUGGAUUGAAGUUUCAGGAUCUAGCGCAAAAGAUGUUGCAAAACAACUAAAAGAACAGCAAAUGGUAAUGAGAGGUCACAGAGAAAAGUCGAUGAUUCACGAGUUGAAUAGAUACAUUCCAACUGCUGCUGCAUUUGGAGGUUUAUGUAUUGGAGCAUUAUCUGUUCUUGCAGAUUUCUUAGGUGCCAUUGGAAGUGGUACAGGUAUACUUCUUGCUGUGACAAUUAUAUACCAGUAUUUUGAAAUUUUUGUGAAAGAACAGAGUGAAAUGGGAGGAAUGAGUACGCUACUUUUCUAAAUGAACUCUUAUAGAAAUUCAAAUUUUACAUUUCUUCAUUAGCUACAGUGCUUACUGUAUCUCAUCUCACAGAAGAAUAAAUAUGAAAAUGGGACGUUUUUUAA